CGAGACUUCCUGCCAAAUAGUGCUCCCUAACAACAGACAAAGCUUGACACUGUGGGUCCGCGUAGAAGACGCUGGUUUAAAGGCGUUCCUUUAUCGUUUCGUCAAUGUAGGGUCCAGGCGGGUCGUCCAGGUAGAGAGAGCGGGCUGAGCGUGCAGACAUGUCGGGUCGCUCUGCUGCAGAGAUGGAUGACUCGCAGGAGCUACCGGCAAAGAAAGUGAAGCUGGAGAUCGAAGCCGGACUGGAGAAAGAGCCCAGUAACCUGUCUGGUGAUGAAAGUCCAGAUCCUUCAUACUCUGCCCUGUCCACUGCCCAGCUGGAUUCAGAUGAAGGUGAUCAGGAGCAGUCGGAUAUCGAACAUGGAACGGCGUCUCAGGAAUGUGGAGACUCGUUGAACCCCUAUGAACAUUCAGACUCGACAACCACCUCGGAGUUCACACAGCAGGUCUAUCAGGGAAACAACCCGACGUCAGUGACCUCCUACACCAGUCACGUGGCCUUUCCUUCUCUGGCCCAGUCCAACGUGUACUCGGCCUUCCCUCAGACCGGCCAGACCUACGGCCUCCCACCUUUUGGUGCUAUGUGGCCAGGCAUUAAAACAGAGACAGGGCUGCCUGAGGCGCCCUCUGGUGGCCAGCCUGGGUUUCUCAGCUUCAGCACGGCAUAUACCUCAAGCCAGCAGGGCCAACUGCACUACUCAUACCCCAGCCAAGGCUCGAGUUUCACAACUUCAAGUGUGUACUCCAACAUCCCCCCGGCCACAGCCACCACCACCGCCUCCACCACGGUGAGCCCACAGGAGUUCAGUAACUUCAACUCUCUGAGUCAGAGUCAGUUCUCGCAGUACUACACCCUGCCGCCCACCUACGUGCCCACUGGGCUGCCCAGCAGUGAUGAACAGGGCGCAGGUGUGGGCGGGGCUGGAUAUUCAGCCAUGAAGUCAGAGGAAGCUGCCAUGUGUAAACUCACAAACUUAGAUGCAUCUCCACCAGAAAACCUCCCAGUCGGAGCAGCUCUGCCUACCGCUGCAGCACCCCCUGCUGGCGCCAGAGAGCAAGACGAGGUGGCACGCAGGAACUCUGUGGGAAAAGCCAAGGGGAAGGGCAAGAGGGCAGAAAACUCCCCUGCAGCAGAGACUGACCUGGAGCGAAUAUUUCUGUGGGACCUGGACGAAACCAUUAUCAUUUUCCAUUCACUGCUGACUGGAACCUACGCACAGAAGUUCGGCAAGGACCCGGCCACGGUGCUGAAGAUGGGGCUGCAGAUGGAGGAGCUGAUCUUUGAGCUGGCAGACACUCAUCUGUUCUUCAACGACCUGGAGGAAUGCGAUCAAGUCCACAUCGAGGACGUGGCUUCAGACGACAACGGACAAGACCUGAGUAACUACAACUUCUUGGCCGACGGCUUCAAUGGUCCCAGUGGUGGAGGGGGGGGAGUGGAGUGGAUGAGGAAACUGGCCUUUCGCUACCGUCGGCUAAAAGAGAUCUACAACAGCUACAAAGGCAACGUUGGCAGUCUGCUGAGUCCUGUGAAGAGGGACGGGCUGACGUCACUUCAGUCUCAGAUUGAGAACGUCACAGACGCCUGGCUCAGCACGGCGCUCAAGUCUCUGCUGAUGAUCCAGUCCAGGGGGAAGUGCAUGAACGUGCUGGUCACCACCACUCAGCUGGUCCCGGCUCUGGCCAAGGUUCUGCUGUACGGCCUGGGGGACGUCUUCCCCGUGGAGAACAUCUACAGCGCAACCAAAAUAGGAAAGGAGAGCUGCUUCGAGAGGAUCAUCUCGCGCUUCGGGAAGAAAGUGACUUACGUGGUGAUCGGCGACGGUCGAGACGAAGAGUUUGCAGCAAAACAGCACAACAUGCCUUUCUGGCGGAUCUCCACCCACGGAGACCUGGUGUCUCUGCACCAAGCUCUGGAACUGGACUUCUUGUAAAGACGGGGCGUCCUCAGUGUUGUACACCGGGAGGAGGAGGACAAGUGUCCGCCGUCCUUCUAUUGGCUCCUGGAGAGGUGCGCUGCAUUUAAAACAAACAAACAAACAAACAAACAAACAAACAAACAAACAAUCCCUCACAUCCUGUAGACAAAAAGCAUCAAUCAGUUGAAGAAUGUUUCAGACGACGUGUGACUGUGUGACGGUAAAUGUACUGAGACGGACUCCGGAGACGAGACCAGGACGGUGGGGGACGGACUGAGCGAAGGUCCCUCACCUCAGCGCUCCCUCUCCACGGCAGCUAAUCUCACCACGGCUGAGACUGGCACUGAUCUCCUCCCUCUGUCUUUGUGUGCUCCUCUGAACCUCGCCCCCUAGUGGACAUCUUUGUUCUGAACCGAAGUCAAACAUGAAAAGCUCAGUCUGGGUUGUUGUUCACUCAGUCACAGACUGGAAAGCAGAUUUUUUUUUUUUUUUUCACACGUGGUUCUGGAUGGAUUGAA